AUGGAUAAUGUAAGAUGUUUGAUUUGCUCAAGAAGAUUAAAAAGUCAGGAUUCACUUCUUCUACAUGUUAAAUCAGCACAUUUGAAUGCUCCUAAUAAUACUAAUAAGAAAGCAAAAAGAAAACCAAAAAGGCGUAAUGGUAAUGACAACAGUGAUGAUAGAGAUGAUAAUGGUAAUGGCAUUGAUGAAAUUAAAAAAGGAGACAAAGAUAGAAAUCUUAUAAUUAUUGAUGAUGAUGAUGAGUGGGAGGAGAGGGAAAUUGACAAUGAUAGCAAUGACAAUGAUAUGAGUACGAGUAUGAAUAUUAUUAAUGACAAUGAUAUGGGUAUGGGUAUGAGCACGAGUACGAUUAAUGACAAAGUUCAAGAUAUAAAAGAAAUCAGCAUUAAUAAUAAUAAUAGUAAUAUUCAAAUCCAAAUCCAAAUCCAAAAUAAAAAACAAGAAAAUGACAUCAGUGACAAUAGUAAUAGCAAUAUUCAUAAUCAAAAUAUAAAAAACAUCAUUACUACAUCAACUAAAGGCAAAGAAACUAUUAAUCAAUCCAAUAAUAUCAUUGAAAUAUAUCCGCAAUUUCCUUGUGUGGACAUUUUUCAAUUAAAUAUGUGGACAGUGAAUUUCAAAAAAAAUAGACUUGCUUUGUGGCUUGUCAUUGAGAAUUAUUAG